GCAUGUAUGGGCUUUUGGUGGGAAAAUGAGUGCUCAGAUGCGCACGUUUAACUUAAAAUUAUUACCAGUAACACACAUUUUCUUGUGUUUCGCGUAACUACAAGGUGACGGAUGUGCGUUAAGUUAAUAUCCGUGUGACGGACUCAUACGCUGUUGCCUUGAUGUGUGCUGAAAUAAUCAGCAUCAGCAGGAAAACUUGCCUCUGCCUUUUGUUUGCUAGCAUGCUAUCCCGUCAGAUAGCUGUCUGUACUUUAGUCUGAGGUCCGUGACACGUCUAAGCAGUCACUUAGUGUGUUUUAUGUGUCGUUAGCCGGUUGAGAUAACCCGAGGUUUGGUGUAACGAACGAAAUCAGGAAUAAUUAUUAAUAAAUAGCCAAGCGGAAUCAACAACAGCAUGCCAGAGAUCAAACUGAAGCACGUCGUGUCUUGUAGCACUGAAGACUCGACUCAUAAAGCAGAUAAUCUGCUGAGCUCCGACACCUACAGGAAAUGGAAAGCAGCGAGAGCCGGAGAGAAGCAGACAUCCGUCAUCCUGCAGUUUGAGAAGGAGGAACAGGUGCACAGCAUCGAUAUUGGAAAUGAAGGGUCGGCUUUCGUCGAGGUGCUGGUGGGAAAUUCUUCUGCAGUCCGAGACCAGGACUAUGAGGUUCUGUUGGUCACGUCUUCCUUCAUGUCCCCCACCGAGAGCCGCAACGGCACCAACAUGAACCGGGUGCGGUUUUUUGGGCCCUCCCAGCUGCAGAAGAGCACGGCUCAGGAGAAGUGGGACAGAGUGAAAAUCGUGUGUAGCCAGCCGUACAGCAAGAACAUAGCGUACGGUCUCACCUUUGUUAAGUUUCAUUCACCGCCUGACAAAAAUGACCCUCCUCCCACUUCAUCCCCUAAAUUGACGAAGCUGGGACAGUUCAAGGUGAAGGAUGAGUCUCCUUCGUCUGGAUCCAGUCUUCAACCUGGCAGCCUCUUCUUCAACCGGGAGUCAAAGUCAAGCACUUCACUCAAGGCGUCUCCUCAGACUGAGAAGCUGAGUUACGCUGCAGCCGCCCUGCAAGCGGGGGGAAGCUCCCACUCAGCAGGCCAAGCUUCGUCUUCCAACGCUUCCUCGCCACAGCCACCAGCAAAAAGGAAAUUUGAGUUCAGUAAAGAGCGCCAGUCGGCCCCCGGCCCCCCCGCGCCCAAGAAAACGAGCCCCGUCGGCUCACCGGAGGGCAAAGCGGCAGCCCUCAAAAACAAGGCGAGCCCGGCCAGCACUGCCAAAGCUCCACCAGCACCGAAAGCUACGGAGAAGAAGCGGGAGAGCCAGUCGAAGCCGGAACCCAAACCCAAACAGAAGGCCAAAUCUCCCAGUGAGCAGCAGGUCCCGCUGAACCGCAUCAUGGAGGGCGUGGUGUUCGUCCUGAGCGGCUUCCAGAACCCCUUCAGAGGGGAGCUCAGGGAGAAAGCUCUGGACAUGGGGGCCAAGUAUCGACCCGACUGGACGCCCGACGCCACACACCUCAUCUGUGCCUUCGCCAACACCCCCAAAUACAGCCAGGUGAAGUCAGCAGGGGGCAUGAUCGUGCGGAAGGAGUGGGUGUUGGACUGCCACAAGAGAAAGCAGAAGCUCUCCUAUAAACGAUACUUGAUGGAUGGAGCCGAGUCGAGUUCGGAGAGCGAGAUGGACGUGGACGACCGGAGCGAGGAAGAAAUGAGCACCGAGAGUCCGCAGAAGCAGCAGAGACGAGUCACCCCCAAAAAGACUCCAGUGAAGAUGGAGGAAGACGACGAGUACGGCGGCUCCACUGACGUGGACGAACCAGGGGACGACGACUCUGCAGGCGACACGGAGGACGAGCUGCAGAGGGUGGAGAAGAGUCACAAAGGGAAGACGGCGGCAGCGGUGAAGGACGAGGAUCCGUACGGAGGGUCCACGGAUGAAAACACAGACGUUGAGGCUGAAGUGGAUCAUCCCAUUCCCGAGCUGCCAGACUUCCUGAGUGGAAAGCACUUCUUCCUGUACGGGAAAUUCCCCAACAAUGAGAGGCGACUGUUAUUACGAUACAUCGUUGCUUUUAACGGAGAGAUCGAGGACUACAUGACGGAGAAGGUGCAGUUCGUGGUGACCAGUGAAGGCUGGCACGAGUCCUUCGAAGAUGCCCUGAUGGAGAACGGAAAUCUGAACUUUGUCAAACCCGCCUGGAUUUACGCCAUCAAUGAGCGGCAGAAGAUGCUGCCCUACCAGCCGUACUCAGUCGUCCCCUGAACAGUGAACUGAACGUACAGACCAGGAGGAGCCACAGACACAUUUUUUACUUUUACAGAUUGCGUUGAAGACGGUAAUAAUCAAACUUCAUUAUCGCCUCUGUUUGUACUGGAUAUCGACAAAGAACUGUUUUUCACAGAUGUUUUUGCCAGUUUGCAAAAAAAAAAAAAAAAAAAAUCUUUUU